AUGCCUACGAGAACGCCAGGUUUUUGUGUGAGCAGUACUACCUGGCAGCUCCCGAGCUUGACAUUGUGUCCAGGAACAAUGCAGAGUCAGAAUGUGAGUCCGACCCGAUCCAGAUUGUCUACGUCCCCUCCCAUCUCUACCACAUGCUUUUUGAACUCUUCAAGAAUGCCAUGCGUGCGGCGGUAGAGUACCACAGCGAGGAGUCGGUGCCUCCGCUCAAGGUCAUGAUCGUCAAGGGGCAGGAGGAUCUGUCCAUCAAGGUAGCAGACCAGGGAGGCGGUAUCCCCCGCUCCAAGCUGGACCUGUUGUUCCAGUACAUGUACAGCACGGCCCCGCAGCCCGCCCGCUCCGACAUCGCCACCGCCCCAUUGGCCGGCUAUGGCUACGGCCUGCCACUCUCGCGACUCUACGCCCGCUACUUCCAGGGCGACAUUGUCCUCAAUUCUUUUGAGGGUUACGGCACAGACGCAAUCAUCUACCUGAAGGUCCUGUCUAACGAGGCCAAUGAGAUGCUCCCCGUGUACAACAAGACUGCCUCCCGCGUCUACCACACGGACAUCCCCGUCAAUGACUGGUCCUCUCCCUGGCAGACCAACCAGCGGUCCGUCAGCUCGUUCGCCAAGAUGCGCUGCUAGUCGGGUCACACGAGGGUCGUCGGUCAAGGUCACUGUCCAAGCAACCAAUGAGGGCGUCUUUCUGCUUUAGUUUUUUUGUCCCCUUGUUGUUGUGGGGGUGUUGAGAGGUUGGUAGAGAGGUCACAGGCAGUUUGGUGUGAUGUGCAGUAUUUUGAUGAUGGGAUAAGAGCUCUGAGCGAGGUCAGACAAUAUUUUGGUGCUGCGUCUGAGAAGAGGAUUGAUGAGGAUAAACUAGACGCUGUUGAUUGACUGGUUGUGUUGAAAGUCAGGAGUGCAGAGAAAUCAUGCUUCACGAAAUAACUCUGUAACACAUAAUAAGUAAAAAUCAUUGCUUAUGGAUAUUGUUGUAUCCUUGAUGAAGAUGUUAAUGCUUAUUAUGUCAUGAAUUUGCAUUUAGCUGUGCAUAAAACAAGAUUGUAAUCCAUGGAAAUUUGUGGUGUGAACAUCUUGUCUACUGAAUAUGACUCGAGCUUUUGUCUUAUGAGUGAUGCAAAUGAACGGUUGUGUGGGCCAAGUCUUGCAGACGGUAAAGGGAAGGCAAAGAGGAGAUUGCAAAGCAGUGAUUGAGAAAAUUCAUAGUCAAUCGUUGAGCACACAUAAUCUUGUCAUUGGAAUUUUUUUUUAAACAAUGUUUUUGUUCCUGCUAGUUCCUAGUAUUUUCCAUUCUACGGGACUGAAGACUUUUGUUCAAAGUUUCACAAAUGUUUUGAGGGUCAGUAUUGAUGUAUUUGUGUGUACCUACAUGGGUGGGCGAUGUAUUUGUGUGUACCUACAUGACACGGGUGUGUGUGAUGUAUUUGUGUGUACCUUCAUGACACGGGUGUGUGUGAUGUAUUUGCGUGUACCUACAUGACACGGGUGUGUGUGAUGUAUUUGUGUGUACCUACAUGACACGGGUGUGUGUGAUGUAUUUGUGUGUACCUACAUGACACGGGUGUGUGUGAUGUAUUUGUGUGUACCUACAUGACACGGGUGUGUGUGAUGUAUUUGUGUGUACCUACAUGACACGGGUGUGUGUGAUGUAUUUGUGUGUACCUACAUGACACGGGUGUGUGUGAUGUAUUUGUGUGUACCUACAUGACACGGGUGUGUGUGAUGUAUUUACGUGUACCUACAUGACACGGGUGUGUGUGAUGUAUUUGUGUGUACCUACAUGACACGGGUGUGUGUGAUGCCAUUGUGUCCCUCCACUCAGUUUUCCUUUGCUUGCUUUAACUCAACAACUUACAGUCACUGAUAGCUUUAGGUCUGUACACUUCCCCUGGCAGAAAGGACCAAAUGAUGCUCUGGUUUAUUUAGCUCCUUUGUAUUGAUUUUGUGGUGUAGAGGCUCCUUGAAAUUAGCCAUUGGUGUGGGUGUGUAUGUGUGUGUGUGUCUGUGAGAGAGAGAGAGAGAGAGAGUGAAAGAAAGAGAGAGAGAGAGAGA